AUGCGUUCCGCUCAGUUCCUUGCCCUUGCGAUGGCCGUCGCUACCUCCGAGGCCGUCGCUACCGGCUUCAACUACGGCGCCCUCAAGGUCGAUGGCAGCCUCAAGACCCAAGCUGACUUCGAGACCGAGUUUUCCACUGCUAAGAACCUCGUUGGUACCGACCAUGCCUUCACCAGUGCCCGUCUGUACACCAUGAUUCAGGGUGGCACAACUAACGGUCCCAUCUCGGCCAUUCCGGCUGCUAUCAAGGAGAAGACCACCCUUCUCCUGGGUCUCUGGGCUUCCGGUGGUGACAUGAGCAACGAGAUUGCUGCUCUCACCAACGCCAUUUCCACCUACGGCAGUGCCUUCACUGACCUUGUCGUCGGUAUCUCCGUCGGCAGCGAAGAUCUUUACCGUAACUCCGAAAUCGGUGUCAAGUCCAACGCGGGUCCCGGUCUCGAUGCCCGCGAGCUUGUCGACUACAUCAACCAGGUCCGCUCCGCCAUCUCCGGCACUUCCCUGAGCGGUGCCCCCAUCGGCCACGUCGACACCUGGAACUCCUGGACCAACGGCUCUAACGCUGCCGUCGUCGAGGCCGUUGAUUGGCUCGGCUUCGAUGGAUACCCAUACUACGAGAACACCGACCCCAACUCCAUCGACGACGCCAAGGCGCUCUUCAACAAGGGUGUUGAUAACACCAAGGCUGUCGCCGGCGGUAAGGAGAUCUGGAUCACCGAGACUGGCUGGCCUACUACCGGCCCCACUGAGAACCUCGCUGUUGCCAGCAUCCCCAACGCCAAGCAGUACUGGGAUGAGGUUGCCUGCCCUCUUCUGGGUGUUACCAACACCUGGUGGUACAUUCUUGAAGAUGCUGGCACUACCUCCCCCAGCUUCGGUGUCACUGGCUCUGCUACCGACACCACCCCUCUCUUCAGCUCUGCCACCCGUGUCGCCGGCUCUGCUGCCGGUGCCCUGGUGAUUGCUUUCGCUCUUGCUUUGACCUUCUAA